AUGCAUUAAUAUCAAAACUUUGGAGAUUUACUUUACUUUAAAUAGCUUCAAAAUAAAUAAAGACAUACCUAAACUAAUCAAUAAAAUUCUAAAAAUAAAAAAAUUAGUCUAUUUUUUUUAUAUACUUUGAGAAAGUUGACUCAUAAAAUGAAUUAUAUUUUUAAAAAAAUACAAUUUUAUAUUAGUAUAAAUUAAUUUAUAAAUAAGUGUAUUCUCAUUCAUUUUAAAAUUUAUGAUAAAAUAUUAUUAAAUUGUCAAAAAAAAAAUUUUUUUUCACAUUAUCAAUCUAUAAUUAUAUAAAAACAAUAAUCUAUUAUUUCAUUAAUUUUAAUCUUAUUUUAUUGUAUAUUCAGUAAAUUUUUGAUUGUCUCCGAACAUCACUAAAUCUCAAUAUUAAAGCUUUUUAUAGGUUCUAUUUUUAUUAACUUUAUUAAAUAUUUGAAAAAUAAUAAUUUAUUUAUUUAUUAUUUAUUUUUUUUUUAAAUUAAAUUAAAUAAAGAGAUAUUUCUUUAAAUUAUAUUUUAUUAUAUUUAAUAAAAAUUAAAAAAUAAUUUUAUAAAGAAAUAUGAAAAAGAACAUUUAGAUGGAUGA